CUUUCACUACACACUAUACGGAAGCAGCAUGGCGUCAGGCAGUAACAUCUCCGAACUGCAGCAAAAUGCAAAGGAAAGAUUGAGAAUCAUUUCGGGUCAUUUACAAAAACCUGCAAACAGGGAGCAGCUCCGUGUGUCUGCAAACGAGUGCAAAGCAGAAGCGGCGGAUCGGGGUCUCGAGAAAAUCAGGACCGUCCCUAAAAGAAGGCAGGAGAUUCUGAAAUGGAAUGGCUGGGGAUAUAAUGAUUCCAAAUUCAUAUUUAAUAAGAAAGGUCAAGCUGAAUUUACUGGCAAAAGAUACCGGCUCAGUGGCAUGGUGUUACCUGCCUUGAGAGAAUGGUUUGAAAAAACCUUUGGAGCAAGCCUGGAGCACAAAACACCAGCCAGGUCUGCUCUUAACCCCAGUGAAGUCCCACCACCUAUUCUCAAUGAAGGAUUUGUCCAGGACCUUAAAGGCACUGCCAUUCCGUUCUCUCAUGAAACCGAAGACAGAAUCUUUAGAGCUCACGGGCACUGCUUGCAUGAAGUAUUUGCUCUACGGGAAGGAAAAUUUGAACGAGUCCCAGAUUUGGUGGUGUGGCCAAAUUGUCACAAGGACGUGGAGAAAAUAGUGGAACUGGCUUGCAAACAUAAUGUUUGUGUUAUGCCUUUUGGUGGGGGAACCAGUGUUUCCAACGCCGUGGAGUGCCCUUCAGAUGAGAAGAGGACCAUCCUCUCCUUGGAUACUUCACAAAUGAAUCGAAUCUUGUGGAUUGAUGAGAAGAACCUAACCGCACAUGUGGAAGCAGGCAUUGUUGGACAGGAUCUGGAGAGGCUUCUCAACGAGAGCGGUUACUGCACGGGCCAUGAGCCAGACUCAAUGGAGUUCAGCACGCUCGGGGGCUGGGUGGCCACCAGAGCCUCUGGCAUGAAGAAGAACAUCUACGGAAACAUUGAAGAUCUGGUUGUUCACAUAAGAAUGGUGACACCUAGAGGUGUGAUAGAGAAAAGCUGUCAAGGACCACGGAUGUCUACAGGCCCUGAUAUCUAUCACUUUAUUAUGGGAUCAGAAGGAACGCUGGGUGUUGUUACAGAGGUCACAAUAAAAAUAAGACCGAUUCCAGAAUAUCAGAAGUAUGGCUCAGUGGUCUUUCCCAACUUUGACCAGGGGGUGGCCUGUUUAAGAGAAGUAGCAAAGCAGAGAUGUGCUCCAGCCUCUAUUCGAUUAAUGGACAAUGAACAAUUUCAGUUUGGACAUGCUCUGAAGCCCCAAGUAUCUUCAAUUUUCACUUCGUUUUUGGAUGGGUUGAAAAAAUUCUAUAUUACAAAGUUCAAAGGGUUCGAUCCUAACCGGUUGUGUGUGGCUACCCUAUUGUUUGAAGGGGACAGAGAGAAAGUUCUUCAGCACGAGAAGCAAGUCUAUGAUAUUGCAGCCAAGUUUGGAGGCCUGGCAGCUGGAGAGGAUAAUGGGCAGAGGGGUUACAUGCUGACAUACGUCAUUGCAUACCUUCGGGACCUGGGGAUGGAUUACUAUGUUAUAGGAGAAUCAUUUGAAACCUCUGUACCCUGGGACAGGGUUCUGGACCUGUGCAGCAAUGUAAAAGAGCGAAUAAUAAGAGAAUGCAAAGAAAAAGGAGUCCAGUUUCCUCCACUGUCCACAUGCAGGGUGACACAGACCUACGAUGCAGGCGCUUGUGUUUACUUCUACUUUGCCUUUAAUUACAGAGGACUCAGUGAUCCCAUCCAUGUUUAUGAUCAAAUUGAGCAUGCUGCUCGAGAAGAAAUUCUUGCCAAUGGAGGAAGCCUUUCACAUCAUCAUGGAGUGGGCAAACUGCGGAAGCACUGGCUGCAGGAGACCAUCUCGGAUGUCGGCCUGGGAAUGCUGAGGUCUGUAAAAGAAUACGUGGACCCCAACAACAUUUUUGGAAAUAGAAACCUCCUAUAAGAAGCACUUUUUUCCCUUCUUUUUUCAUUUUACUACGAGAGACGAAAUUGAAAAUAACAUUACUAAAUAAUAAAUAAAUAAAUAAAAGCUUUAUUACACUCCUUAAACAGGAUUUGGAGUACUGAUGCCUUUGUUCAUAGUGUGUAGCUUUGAGCAAAGACAUUGCUAGAAUGCUAAAUCACACAUUAUUCCAUUCUUCUGUUGACAGGCUUUGUGUUUUAUAUACCAAUUUCUAUUACUCUGCAUGGUAAUGGUACUGUAUGUUUGCACUUACACUGCUGCAACAAUCCUCGCUGUCAUGUUUGCUGUUUUUUUUGUUUUGUUUUACUCAAGUUAAUAAAAUACAUGAUAUUAUAAUAUUGACUUGCUCCCUAUGGUGCAUGUCACAUGCAGUCAUUUGUCACAAAAUUUCCUGGCACAGUGGCUUAAAUUAGAACUAAUUAAUAGAUACUGUUGAAUACAAUGCCUACUGAAGAGGCAAACGUAAGCAAUUUGAAUAUAGCUCCUAAAUAUUUAUUUGUAUUGCCAUUGAUGUGAGUUUCUUUAUGAAGUUCAAAUUUUCCAUUUAGUUUUGUAGCCUUGUUUUGAGUGAUUAUCUAAGGAAUUUCAUGAAAGCAAUGGCAGAUGCAGAACCAUUCACUAACGCCCAUUUACAUACUUGUGCCUUUAGUUCCUUAGUCGAUCUCCUUUUCAGCUUCAGCAUGCCCAUUUUAAAUGUCAGUAGUCUGCCGUGAUGGGAAAAGCUUUUUCAUGCUUAAUGGGUGGAGCAGUAAAGGAAGUGCAACACACUAGCCAGUAAGUGCUUAUUGGAAUAGCACUGUGCCUUACAUUGGUCAGUUAUAACCAUAUUUAAGAUUUACUGUCACUUUUUCUUUUGCGACCAGGAUUUUAAACUAGCCUAGUUGCUAUGAUUGGAAUACUGUUCACAAAUGAGUAUAUAUUCUCUAAAAAUUAAAAAUACAUUUAUUUAUUGUUUUACAUAAAAUAAACGCAUACAGUUUCCACUUGAUCGUAGUGUUUUGGUUGUUUUUUUGUUAGCUUUUCUCCAUGACAUCUGAAAUCUGGGUUAAUUGCUUUGUUUAAAGACUUUCAUGUUUCCUUUGGCAGCAGUGUAUGUAAACUGGGCUAUAAUGAGAAAAGGAAUCUAGAUCUGUGUGUACAAAGCAUAUGCAAUUGACCUAAACAGGAGUGGCUCUUUGUUACCAAGGUUAUGAAAAUCAAAAAUCGAACAGUGCAUGUGAGUCUCUCUAGUGUUUCUCAGUCUGGAAACAUGUAUAAUGUCAAGGGUUUUAAAAAAUAUAUUUAAAGUAUGCGCUACUGAAUUGAUCCCCCCUCUUCAUCUUAAAUUGUGAGAUUUAAAAAAAAAUGUAUAUUUUUUUUAUAAUUAAUUUUCUGUGAAGAACCUUAUUGUUUUAUAAGGAAAAUAUUUACCUGCAAAUUGCCUGGAACCUGCAUUGAAUUUUUUGUAAUUAUUAUUUUUUAAUAAUUCUUGCCUCCCGUUUUAGUCUGAAAGUCCACUGCAUUCUCACCAGCACUGUUUAUUUAGAGCGGAACACCUCCUGCAAGUUACAAGUUACCUGGAAAAACAAUUACAGCCAAAUUGCAUUUUGUUUUCAUAUAAUCAAUAUGUAUGGGUUUUUGUGAACAUGUUGGCAGAUGACUGAGAACUACAGAAUCACGAUGCACAUGUCUUUUAAUAGCUGCAACAUGCUAUGUUAGUAAAUUGUAUUUUUCACAUCACUCAAAAAUAUAUAGAAAUGAAUCUUGUCUUUAAAAAAAAAAAAAAUAGUACUGUAUGUACAUCUUGUACCGAUUUUAAAUAUUAUGACUGGUAAUGUAACUAAUACCUGUAUUAUAAAACUAAAUGUGAAGGUCAGAAACUUUAUGAAGUUCAAUAUGUACUUUUGCGAGCAAUAGUUUUGAAUCAAUGUAUUCUUAAUCAUGAACAAGUGCUGGUUAUAAACAAUAAGGAUCUGUAAGAUGGGGAAUCUGCCUGCACGUGACACCCAAAAAUGUAAUAUUUACUGUGAAAGUGGUUUUAAUCUUUACCGGAGCUACUGUAGGGUGUACUUGCAGAAAUGUACUUGUCUCUAGCCACAUUAUUAUUAUUUUUUUUUCUAUGUAUAUGAAUGCCUAAAUACGUGAGCAGUAUUACUCAUUUAUCUUUAUUUGCAAUAUUUUUUUUUAAUUAUAAAACAUACUAAUAUAGUAAAUACUUAAUUAAUGAUCAGUGUCCCUUUCAAAUGAAUAUUGCUCCAUUGAUUUUUUUCUGUUGAGGAGGCAACACAGUACUGACAUUCUUAUGAAGUGUUAUAUAUAUAUAUAAAAUAUGCUACCUACAGUAUGUUAUCCUAGGUAUAUGCAGUUGCAUUUUUAAAGCAGUUUCUGUCAGUAUAUACUGUACACUGGAACUAACAGUGCAAAUGCUGUAAGCAAAUUGGGUAAAGUAAACCUUACAUCUGAUGUGUUGUACGGUUAACACUGUUAAUAAAUUUAGUACUUUCUUUUUCCGA